UGCAGACCCCGAGAUGACCGGCUACGUGGUGACGCGCUGGUACCGGGCCCCUGAGGUGAUUCUCAGUUGGAUGCAUUACAACCAGACAGUGGACAUCUGGUCUGUAGGCUGCAUCAUGGGAGAAAUGCUGACCGGAAGGACGCUUUUCAAGGGGAAGGACUACCUGGACCAGCUGACCCAGAUCCUGAAAGUGACCGGGGUGCCAGGAGCUGAGUUUGUGCAGAAGCUGAAAGACAAGGCGGCCAAAUCCUACAUCCAGUCUCUGCCUCAGAGCCCCAAGAAGGAUUUCACUCAGCUGUUCCCGCGUGCCAGUCCCCAAGCUGCGGACCUGCUGGAUAAGAUGCUGGAGCUGGAUGUGGACAAACGUCUGACAGCCACUCAGGCACUUGCUCACCCCUUUUUCGAACCCAUCCGCGACCCGGAGGAGGAGACAGAGGCCCAGCAGCCUUUUGCUGAUGUCUUAGAACAGGAGAAGCUCACUGUGGAUGAGUGGAAACAGCACAUCUACAAAGAGGUCUCCAACUUCAGUCCCAUCGCCAGGAAGGACUCUCGGCGACGGAGUGGCAUGAAGCUGCAGUGACCAUGGGCUGUGACACGCAGCUGAACCUGAGGACUGUGACAGGCCCACACUCUGCCUCAGGACCAAUAUUUCUUGUCACUACUUAUGUCUCAGGGCUUAUGGGAAUGUAGCCUCCUGAGCAGACAAAAGUGUCUUCCAGAGGAAGCAGAUUUCCAGCCUGCUGGCUUGGGGUGGGGGAAUUGUGAUAGCAGCAGCUGUAUUAAAACUCAAAUGUGGGGAGAAGCUGGA